CUGAUCUUAAACGUGGAAAUUUCACUGAUGGUGAAGAUCAAAUCAUUGUUAAAACUUCAUAGUAUAUUCGGCAACAAAUGGUCUUUGAUAGCUGGGAAAUUACCGGGAAGAACAGAUAAUGAGAUUAAAAACUAUUGGAACACUCAUGUAAAGAGAAAGCUUCUUAACCAUGGGAUUGACCCAAAAACUCACCGUUCGAUCAACGAACCCAAAACGGCACCGUUUCGAGAUGUGAAGUCCACGUUUCCAAAGACGAAGACUUCGUCUGAAAGCGGUGCUUCUACUAGCGGUACAACUAUAGACGAGGAUCUACGGUUAAGUACUGAUGGCGAUUAUAGUUAUGAUCGUGGGGACAAGGAGCUGAACUUGGACCUAACACUCGGGUAUGGUCCGACUCGCUUUGUCGGGUCGGAUCUUGUUACUAGUUCGUGGGUGGUGCGUGACGUUUGUGUUUGUAAAGUGGGAUCACAUGAACCUUGUAUGAAUUGCCAAACGGUGAAACCUAAACGGGUUCUUUAAUGAUUAUAAACUUCAAAACAAGUUGUGUCUUUUUGGAGUUGUGUGCACUAAACACACUAUUUUAAA